AUGGACCCUGAGACUGAGAAUUGCACGCAGUGCGGUGUCAGGCCUGUCAGGCCUAAAUCCCUGCUUCGUAAGCACGGUGGGGCAACCCAGCGAAGUCUACUUUCGGUCACGAAACAUUUUGCAGGUGCUCAACUGUUGAAGUGUCCGGGCUUCACAAUCGAGGCGAGUGCUUCAAGAGUACCUCGCCAUCGCGAGGCCGGAGUUGGCAUUCCGAUCUCGGCAGAAGCGUCGACUCGUCGACUCCGCGUUGGCGAGUUCCUCAAGGACGUGAACGCUCAGGUGGGAGCCGAAGCCGGCGGAGUGUCUCCUUACGCCCGGAAGCUGAGAAAGACCAUCAGUGCCAAAGCGGAGUUAACUGAGACAACCAAGCGAUCGCCUGCUGUGCAAGAUGAUGUGGAUAUGGAGAUGGAAUUUGCGUCACGCGCCCAGGAAACCUUGCUGAAGACAGGUAGAGAACAUGAGAAAGGUGUGAUGAUUUGGAAUCAGCCUGGCUGGGACUACAAGGACAUUGCAAAGAUUUUCGUGAGGUCUGGCAAGGGAGGCAAUGGGUGUAAGUCCUUCCACCGAGAGAUGAACAUGCCUUUGAUGGGUCCUGAUGGUGGAGAUGGUGGUGAUGGAGGACAUGUGUAUUUGCAGUGUCAUGCACCGAUGUCCAAUACCUUGAAGCAGUUCAACGCCCAAACACACUACGCCGCUGGCAACGGCCUUGUUGGGGAGGGCAGCAGUCGAAAAGGAAAGGAUGGCAAAGACUUGAUCUUGAAGGUGCCACCAGGCACUGUAGUCUGGGUGCGUGAACGGUGGGUCCCAGGAUGUGAAAACAAGUCCAGUUGGCAAGUGCCCUUUGAGAAGAUGCUCAUCCGAGACGAGGUCUGA